AUGCUUCCAGAAUCUGAGAGGCUCGAAGCCCUUGAAAUCGCUUCUGCGAUCACCAAGACGCUAUCAGGAAAGCCUGGAUCAGAUCUCUCCGAAUCGUCACGAAUAGACGCUUUAGAGGCGGUACGGAAGCUUCAGAACACCUUAGAGAAACCAGGGGAUGGGAUGCUGAAAGCUGCGUUCGCUCCGAUGGUCUGGAUGUGCAUUCGAACUUGUCUUCAGUUGAACGUAUUCCGUAUGCUCGAAAGGCAGGAUGUAGUGUCAGCAGAGCAGAUAGCCAAGGAAAACGGCGCCGAUGAAAGAUUGAUCCGCUACGUUGCCGAAAAGGGUAACGGCCUAUACGGAUCGACGAAGUGGUCAAGUCACCUAAGCCAGAGAACCAGCGAGGGCAUGGUAAAACACUUAUUCGAUUUCUGUACACCAGCUGCGGUUGAAGCACCUAGCUGGUUCAAAAGGGCAGGGUAUCAACUCCCUACAGAUCCGGCAAAGGGCAUUAUCCAGGCCACGCAUGGCUUUGAAGAGCCUCUCUUCACUUGGUUCACGAGGCCAGAGGCAAAAGAAACAUGGGACAACGCAAAUACGUUUUUUGAAGGCGACCGAGGCAGCAGCCCGUCUUGGGUUUCUUGGUUCCCAGUAAAGGAGAAGUUACUCGAGGGUUAUAACAAGGAUCUGCCCGUGCUCGUGGACGUUGGUGGCGGCCGUGGGCAUGACGUUGUAGAAUUCUACAAGAGGUUUCCAGACGUGGAGGGAGAGCUCAUCCUACAAGAUCAGCAACUUGUGCUUGAUAGUUCCGUCGCUGAUUUACCCGCUACGGUUAAAAAAUACCCCGUCGACUUCUUCAAAGAAGCCCCUGUAAAAGGCGCCCGUAUCUACUAUAUGAAGUAUGUCUUACACGACUGGCAAGACGAUGCAUGCGUUCAGAUAUUGAAAAAUGUCGCAGCUGCCAUGACGAAAGGAUACUCGUAUCUUGUUAUCAACGAUAUGAUUUUGCCUGAAGAAGGUUGUCAUCUUUUUCCAGCACAGUGGGAUAUUUUAUUGUUUCUUGUCAUUUCAUCUCAAGAAAGGGUAGCGAGUCAAUGGAAGGACCUCUUGCCUGCUGCCGGAUUGGCAAUCGAAGGUCUGUAUCAACCGCCGGGUGAAGGGCUAGGUAUCAUCGUGGCCACACUCAAAUAA